UGCCGCUGUGGCCAUUCCCAGAUCGCUCGCUCCUCCUGGGCACUCCAGCGGCCAAAGCACAUCGCGGCGGCCGACCAUGGCGGACAACGGGCGAAGGAAGCAGCGGCGGCGAAAGCACAAACCUGUCGCGCUCGGUCCUCGGUUCAGCCGGGAUGCACAGGACGUCAGCAAGGGCAUUGUCAACGACAUCUCCUUGUUUGACGACACCGUCUUGACGCCAUACUUGCGACUGGGGACGUGCCGGUACUUCGUCAUCAAGUCGUUCAGCGAAGCCAACAUCCACAAAAGUGUUAAGUACGGCAUAUGGACCAGCACCGAUACGAACAAUGUCACGUUGGACAUGGCAUUCAAGAGCGAUCUGUCGUGCAUUCGGCCCAUCUUACUCUUCUUCAGUGUUUGCGGGUCCAAGCAUUUCUGUGGCAUUGCCAGAAUGACGUCCGCUGUCAACUUCGACGUGACGUUUGGACUUUGGGAGAAGCAAAAGUACGAAGGAUAUUUUCACGUGGAGUGGCUCGUGCUCAAGGACGUUCCCAACCAUGUACUCAUGACGGUCGAAUUGAACCAGAAGAGUUUUCCGCGCGCAUGUGACGGUGAUGAGGUUGCGUACAACGAGGCGACUGAGUUCAUGCACUGCUACAUGUCAUAUCCCAGCACGACGAGUUUCUUGGACGACAUGGCGUACUACGACUCCCUCCAGGUCGCCCUCGAAUCGAAACGCGGUCUGACGAGGCAGGACCAAGAAGACGAUGCCAUCGACGAUCUGCACUUCUACUUAAUCCCCGCAGCGUCGACUGCAUCAUGACGCCGUGGUCCUUGCCGUCACGGUCGGUGAGUGUCGACCCACCAUGGCAGCGAUCCAUCAAAUCGAAAGGAUUUUGGAUGUCCAAUCAAAACGCGUCAACACAGAAUUUUCGUCUAUUUCAACCAAUCAAUUGGUGCUUUGACAACGAGGAUGUGGCGGGGACCGGGGCGGCACAUUUAAAUAUCUUGCAUUUUGUAGGAAUCUUAAAUUGUUUGGAAAAAUUUGAUGUGCUAAAUAUACAAUUCGAU